UUCAAAUAGGACAUUAUAUACUAAGGGACUGAUAUCUAGCACUCGAUCAAGUUUGUGGCAAAAGAAUCAUGGGUUCAGCAGAGUACAGGCCACUACUACUUGGGCUAAGCUCACAUUCUCAGAUUUCAGAUCUGUCAUCCGCUGUGAUCGAGGAGUUUUUGGAGAAUAGGCCAGUGGCACUCCGAUGGUGGCCGCGGCUUGUUGCCUGGGAGUCUAGGCUCCUCUGGCGCCUAUCGGGGGCAUCUAUCACUGCCUCCAUCUUUAAUUACAUGCUUAGCUUUGUGACUUUCAUAUUUUGUGGACAUUUAGGGGCAUUGGAACUUGCGGGCGCUUCUAUUGCUAAUGUUGGAAUUCAAGGACUUGCUUAUGGAAUCAUGUUGGGCAUGGCUAGUGCAGUGCAAACAGUUUGUGGGCAAGCCUAUGGGGCCAAGAAAUACUCAGCUAUGGGCAUUAUAUGCCAGAGAGCAAUCAUCUUACACUUGGGAGCAGCAAUCCUCCUCUCAUUUGUGUAUUGGUUUUCUGGACCAAUACUCAAAGCAAUAGGACAAACAGAUAGCAUAGCCAUGCAAGGCCAAAUCUUUGCUCAUGGAUUGAUCCCUCAACUUUUUGCAUUUGCAUUAAGCUGCCCAAUGCAGAGGUUUCUCCAAGCACAGAACAUUGUAAACCCUUUGGCAUACAUGGCUGUUGGGGUGCUCUUUUUGCACACUCUUCUGUCAUGGAUUGUUGUGUAUGUCCUGGAUUAUGGACUUGUGGGAGCAGCUCUAACACUGAGUCUCUCUUGGUGGCUUCUUGUUAUUUUAAACGGGCUCUACAUUGUUCUGAGCCCAUCUUGUAAGGAAACUUGGACUGGCUUAUCUGUCAGAGCUUUUUCAGGGAUUUGGCCUUAUUUUAAGCUUACAGUUGCCUCUGCUGUCAUGCUAUGUCUGGAGAUAUGGUACAAUCAAGGAUUGGUUCUUAUCUCAGGCCUUUUGAGUAACCCAACUAUCGCACUAGACUCCAUUUCCAUUUGUAUGAAUUAUUGGAACUGGACUCUGCAAUUUAUGUUGGGACUAAGCGCAGCUGCCAGCGUAAGGGUUAGUAAUGAGCUAGGGGCAGGCCGCCCAAGAGUCGCCAAAUUUUCAGUGUUUGUAGUGACUGGAACAAGCAUCCUGAUAAGCAUAGUUUUCAGCGCAAUUAUACUGAUUUUCCGGGUUGACUUAGGCAAGAUCUUCACAAGCGACGAGGAAGUUAUGGCUGCAGUUACCAGUCUGAGUCCAUUGCUUGCAAUUUCUGUUUUCUUGAAUGGCAUUCAACCCAUACUCUCAGGUGUGGCUAUUGGCAGUGGGUGGCAAGCUUUGGUGGCUUAUGUUAACCUAACCACUUACUAUAUCAUUGGUCUUCCCAUUGGAUGUGUUCUUGGCUUCAAAACCAGUUUAGGAGUAGCAGGGAUUUGGUGGGGGAUGACCCUUGGAGUUUUCUUGCAAACAAUUACUUUAAUUAUUCUUACAGCCAGAACAAAUUGGGAUGCUGAGGUUGUUAAGGCAACAGAGCGCAUGCAGAAAUCUGCAAAUGAAGAGACCAUUGAUUUGGUGACCAGUGUGUGAAAAAAAAAAAACAGAGGACAUCGGGGAAUCAAAGGCAGAGAAGACCUACAAUUCUUCAGUCAUUAGAAUAAUUCAUGGGCUGGGCUUCAGACUCGUUUCUUUGGGCUGUUGUUAAAGGGUAAGUUGAGCUUUUUAGGUCAGUUGGGUGGGCUCAAAAGACCCAACUUUUUCUCCUAUUUGCAACAUUUUCUUUAUAGAGGAUCACUCUCUUAUUGUUUUUUCAAGUUGUCAUCAGAUGUAAAAAUAAUUUAUUUUUGAUUAUGGAAGGUCACCAUAUAUGAAAUUAUAAUAUUA